UGCGUGGUCUUUAAAGUUGACUAUCAGUUACUGAUCAUUUACUGUACAUGAUUGAGUUAAUUAAGUGCCUAAAUACUCUUAGAUUUCUCCUGCACGAUCAACUGGGAAAGGAUGCGAUUUUUUCCCUCCGAGAAUCUUACCGCCCGUUCCUUACUCAUUAUAGAAUGACAAAGCCUGCAGUUAAUUACCAUAGAUUGCUGGGAUUACUGCAAACCUUUGAGAAGGACCACCAGCUCCAAAAAGAGUCGAUGCAUGUGGUGGGAGGAUCAUCGGAAGGGCGUCGUCCCUUUAAGAAAGGAAAGAAGAAGAAAAAUAAGAACAAUAAAGCUAAGACAUCUAAACAGAGUCAGACCAAGAAGAAAGCUGACCAGAGUCAAGCAAAAUAUUUCUAUUACAAGAAGCAGGAGCAUUGGAAGAGAAACUAUCCUCAGUACAUUGCCUCACUUGAUCCGAACAGACCUAGCAAGAGAAAAGAGCUAUCGGUUGCUGAUCAAGGGAGUUCAGGUCAGUGAGAGAUUUGAAGACAGCAAAAGAUUCCUGAAUGUUGGAGGUGGAAGAUCAGUUCCAGUUUUAGCUUUAGGAACUCUCAAAUUAGUUUUCAAUUCUCAUAUAAUUGUCUUAAGUGAUUGUCACUUUUGUCUGACGUUUUUAUUGAAUGUUAUUUCUGUAGGCCUUUUGGCCAAGACUGAUUUUGAAAUUUCAAUGAA